AUCAAGUCCCGGUCCCCUUGUCCAAGCCUCGAUCCAAUCAGUUCAGCUCUACAUCAUGCAGUUCAAGCUUUCUGUCGUUGCGGCCCUCGCCGCUGCCGCCUCCGCCGCCGUCACUCCCGCCCGUCUCGGCUGCGGUACUCAUGAUCCUACCCCUGAGCACAUUGAGAUCUCCAAGAAGCUUGCUGAGGAGGAGGCUGCCAACAAUGGCACCGUGAGCCUCAUGGCGGCGGCCACCAUCAACGUCAACGUCUACUUCCACGUUGUUGCCUCUUCCCAGACCGUGGCGAACGGCUACAUCACCGACAAGAUGCUGGCUGACCAGCUGGCCGUCAUGAACAGUGACUUUGCCCCCCACGGCAUCAGCUACACCCUGGUUGAGACCACCCGCACCAUCAACGCCAACUGGGCCCAGGAUGGCGACGAGAUGGCCAUGAAGCGCGCCCUCCGCAAGGGUACCUACAAGGACCUCAACCUCUACUUCGUCCGCACCCUCGGCGGCGACUUUGGGUACUGCUACUUCCCCACCACUGCCGCUGCUGGCUCCACCGCCUACAUCCGCGACGGCUGCACCAUUCUCUCCUCCACCGUGCCUGGCGGCAGCGAGACCAACUACAACCUCGGCAAGACCGUCACCCACGAGGUCGGCCACUGGUUCGGUCUCUACCACACCUUCCAGGGCGGCUGCACUGGCGCCGGCGACUCCAUCGCCGAUACCCCCGCCCAGGCCAGCUUCUCCACCGGAUGCCCUACCGGCCGUGACUCCUGCCCUAGCCAGGCUGGUCUCGACCCCAUCCACAACUACAUGGACUACUCCUACGACUCUUGCUACGAGGAGUUCACUCCUAACCAGCAGACUCGCAUGUACAGCUUCUGGAACCAGUACCGCGCAUAGAGCGGUUGUAUCUCUGGAUACGGUUCUGUCAUUUUGGCGUGGUGUUACAUUGGAAGCGUGGAGUAGGGGGAGCUUGAAUAGAGGUUGAUGAGAUUUGAUGAGAUCUAUGACUGAGAGCGGCUGAGGGCUCUGGAAUAUGAGCUCUAUGUAAACAUAAUCAUCAGGUGUCUUGACUUUAGUAUAAUACCC